GCUCUCCUUCCUCCUUUCUUUUAGACUUAGCUCAAAUACCUCAUGAAUGGGAGCUUGUAUAAUGUAAUGGUGAGGAGAGUCCUAAUGAGAAUUGAGAGGGCUUGGACAUUAGCCUAAAAAGUCCCGUGGUUUUCUCCCUUUCGGGUUUCCACGUAAAAACUGAGCUGUUCAUACACAUUUAUACAUAUAUUUACUAUAUCGUGUUGGAUUAAACUCAACACUGGCGCCGUCUGUGGGAAUCAGUUCAAAAAGAUUACAUGUGUUCUUCAUUUUCGGGCAAAGAUUCAUACGAAGAACUGAUUCUCAACAAAAAGAAAAAAGAAAUUUGAUACCAAAUGCACUGAUUUCCAACAAAGAAAGUGAUUCUGAAAAGCAAAACAGGAGGAAGAAGACUCUGGGAAAAAAGAAGAGAAAAUAUGCUGGAAAAAUGAAUCUGAAGUCCAAAUCUGGAAUUUUUCAGAUCUGGGUUGGGUUCACUGGAGCCGCCGCCGUCGUUCGUGCCGCCGUGAACCCUCCGGCGGGUUCAGAAGAACUAGAGGAAGCUCGCUGCAGCGUCCUGGGACCCGCCAAACCGUGUCUAGCACAACACCACCUGCGAUGGAGUCGCCGCCCGUGGUUCGUUCGCAGUUGGCCCCACCAGCCACCGCCAGGGUCGCCAGACCACGGCUCGUCAUCAGCGGUGAACCGCUUGCCAGUCUCCGUCCGAGCCUCCACCGGUCCGUUGAUGCGAGCUAGAAGAUCCGCGGUUGGGAAUUCCUUGGGUUCCACCGUUAAUGGUGGCUUGAAUUUCAGGAAAAGUGUUUCGAAGCUGAGCCAAUCCUCCACCGAAGACUAGUUUUCCCGGCCGCUCUGGCUCCUUUGCGGCCACCAUCACCGUCGUGGGUCAGCAGCCGACGUCUGAUGUCUUCUUGGUGUCGAGGGAGUGUUUAUCUGCUGCUCCAAAAGAUCCUCCUUACUUGGUUAAGGAUUGACCACGUGUGAAGGACAAAAAUGGGAGUUAGCAAUAAAGAUGAGUGGAGCACCAUGCUUUAUUUGAGAAGUCAACGCUUUGCAAUUGCUUGAUGCGGAGCUACCGAGAUGAGCCCAUGAUUCCAGGCCAUCUCACGAGAGCUAAGGGAAUGUUUGCAACUGCUUCUGCUUAAAAAAAAGCACUUUUGGAGAUGUAAGGAAAAAGUGAUUAGUAGGAAAAGUUGAUAGUGUUUGAGAAAAAAGUGAUUUUGAAAAGUAAAAGUUGAUAGUGUUUGGUAAAAUAAGUGCUUUUUGUGUAAUAGAAAGGGGAAAAACACUUUUCACACGCAAGCCGAGAAAAAAGUAAAAAUUGGUAGUGUUUGGUAAAUAAGUGCUUUUUUAAGCCAAAAGCUGAGAAGUGCUUUUUUUAAGUGAUUGCAAAC